UUUCCCUCACUUUCCCCCGCCCUUGGGCUUGGCUCGUUCCCCUCUCCGCCGGAAAUCACCCAAAAGGAUAAGGCUCUCUAUUGCCCUCCCGUAGAUCUUUCCAGCAAAACUAGGAGGACUCCCAUACUUCUCUCAUACAAGCCUCAUCCACCUGUGGAUAAGCUUCAACCAGCAGAAAGAAAGCCAAAAAAAAAAAAAAAGAAGACAAAUGAUUUCGGGAUCUCCUCUCUCCAUACCCACCCUCCUUAUUAAUCCUCCUACCACCACAAGAUCAUCUAAAGAAUCAUAGCUCCUCUCUGUGACGGCUACUGCUGCUACAGCUACUAGUGGUGAUCAGCAGGUACUCGAAACUAAUACUUGUUCAUGGACUGCUGGAGGGAGGCAGAAGGGAAGCGAUUCCAUGACCCCUUGUUCUACCAAUACUACUGGCAGCGCGCCACGGCGGACUCUUACUGCGUGACGAUGAAGCCGGCGGCCAGCGCCAAGGCGGAGAGGUGCGUCUGCGCCCCGGGGCCCAUCAUCGUCGGCGCCGGGCCUUCGGGGCUGGCGGUGGCCGCCUGCCUCAAAGAGAAGGGAGUCCCCAGCCUGAUCUUGGAGCGCGCCAACUGCAUCGCCUCCCUGUGGCAGCAAAAGACGUACGACCGCCUCUGCGUCCACCUACCCAAGCAGUUCUGCGAGCUUCCGCUGAUGCCGUUCCCCAGUUCGUUCCCGACGUACCCCGACAAGCACCAAUUCAUCGCCUACCUCGAGGACUACGCCCACCGGUUCGACAUCCGGCCGGCCUUCAAUGAGACGGUGGUCAGCGCGGAGUACGACGCCGUACUCGGGUUUUGGAGGGUGAGGACGGCGGCGACCGACAACAAGGAGGAGAGGACGGAGUACGUGGGCCGGUGGCUGGUGGUUGCCACCGGGGAGAAUGCCGAAGCCGUCCUGCCGGAGAUUGACGGCAUGCGGGAGUUCGAGGGGUCCAUCAUGCAUACAAGCUUGUAUAGAAGUGGCGGCGUGUUCAGGGGGAAGAGGGUGCUCGUCGUUGGGUGCGGCAACUCGGGGAUGGAGGUCUGCUUGGACCUAUGCAAUCACAAUGCCUACCCUUCCAUCGUCGUAAGGAAUACGGUGCACGUUCUCCCUCGAGAGAUGCUCGGCAGCUCCACUUUCGGGUUGUCCAUGUGGCUUCUCAAGUGGUUCCCAGUGCAAAUGGUGGAUCGCUUUCUCCUGCUCGUCGCCCGCCUCAUGCUGGGCGACACUGCUCGGUUCGGCCUCGAGCGGCCCCAGGUUGGACCCCUCGAACUCAAGUCACUCUCCGGCAAGACUCCCGUCCUCGACGUCGGCACCCUCGCCAAGAUCAAGUCUGGAGAUAUCAAGGUCUUCCCCGCGAUAAAGAGAUUCACAGGACAUGGAGUGGAAUUUGUAGAUGGGAGAUCGUCGGAGUUCGAUGCUGUCGUCUUAGCCACCGGCUACAGAAGCAAUGUGCCAUCUUGGCUAAAGGAGAGGGAGUUCUUCUCGGAGAAAGAUGGGCUACCGAGGAGGCCCUUUCCCAAUGGAUGGAAAGGGGAGUGCGGGCUGUAUGCAGUGGGGUUCACAAAACGCGGAAUUCUUGGGGCGUCAAUGGACGCAAUGAGGAUUGCUCAAGACAUUGAACAAAGGUGGAAGACAGAGGCUAAACAGCUCAUGGCAUUCCAUCGCUCCUCGGAACAGAAAUGACGGCAGCAGUCUUAUAGAUUGGAGGAGAGAACAGUGGCCAUUUCCUUCGUCUCCAUCAAAUGACCUCGGAGGCACGUUGUCUCAUCUCUGAUGAUGAGACAAACAAGCUGGCUCCAGUAUGAAAGUGAGGGGGCUUUGGCUUUUUACCUAAAAAAAACAAAGGGGGCUUGGGCUUUACUAUUAAUUUGUAUAUGCUGUAUAUAUAUUGCCAUUUUCCUAGUUGGAUUGACUGACGUAGAUAGGGAGGUGAGGCGUGCUUGUGGCUGGGGUUUGACACACUAUCUAUCAAAACGAGAGUUAUUUCUUUUUUUAAGUGGGUGAUGUACCGAGUUAGGUGUGGGGUGAGGGCAAGGAGCACGCUCGAGUUUGAGCUAGCUCUUCGUUGCCCUAUUUCUAUUUUGUUUUCUUCUUCUCAUUCCUUACUGAAAGCGUCAGCAUCAUGUGAUACAGUUUCUCCAUUUGACAGUCGUUUAACUUAUUGAAGAGAC